GACCGUCCGCGGGGCGGGCAUGGUCAAGAAGUGCCGUCCCGCUUUCGUCUCCCCGCCUGCGGCGGAUGCGGCGCUCGAGCGGCUGGCGGCAGCUAGCGACGAGGGCGGCGAGGUCAAGCUCAAGAAGGCUGCCGCCCAGGCCAGAGCGAGGGCUGGCCCCAAGGCGAGGCGCCCUGAGCUGUGGAAAACGAGCGUCCAGGACGAUGGGUACGCUCCGCUCAUGGCCGUGCGGGGUGGUGAGGUGCUCGAGUGCAGAGGUCAGGGCCGCGGGGGGGGGGGGGCGGCGCCGGCGUGGCAGUGCGAGCUGGCCCCUAAGCGCGCGAUCGGUCUCGCGGCCCCGUCGGGGGAGAUGCUCGUCGGCCAGCUGGAGAUGCAGAGGGCCAAGCUCGCGGAUAUCGAGGAACAGGCAAGGCAGAGCAAGAAGGCCCACUGGGGGGUGGAGAGCCUCGGGCGGGGGGCCGCCCUGCCCGAGGAGCCGCGGCAGACGAGCGCGAUGGCGGCGAGUGCCAGGAGGCACGAGCGCAAGAAGCGAACGCCUGCGCCGCAGUCGAAGGCCUGGGCGGAGCGGAGGGCGCAGGGGCCCCGCCAGGCGAACCCGCUAGGGAAGGGCGAGGACGCGUCGAGCUGGCGCGGCGUCGGGCAACGGAUCGGGUACGCCGAGGCGCAGCGCGCAGCAGCGGCGACCUCCCUGGCACCUGGCCUGGGGGAGCAGCGGCUUUUUGCGACAGAAGGGCCGCCGGAAGAGCUGAUGCAGGUGACGCGCGCGGCGGCCCCCGCCGUCGUGGAGGUCAAGUUCGAACUUGGCAAGAGGAUGCAGGUCGAGGCCCUGUGGGAUUUCCACAACCUGGAUGUGAACGUCGCCAAGGUGGGCCUUAAGGCGGACGUCCUGCCUCUGCCCUUGCCUAGUGCGGGCGAGCACGCCGAUGCCUUGUUCCAGCGUCUGAACGAGCCCGGGAGCGUGAUGAGUUAUCGAGGCGGCGAGAGGUGCACCCUCCGUUGGGAGGUUUGGGUCAGGGCUUGGACGUGCCUGCAAGUGCUGCUCACGAGCUACCAGCGCGGGCAUUCCGGCUUCAUCUCCGACAGGUUCGUAGAGGUGCUGCUCGCUAUGACCUUGGUCCCCAGCGGCGACGCGGAGCG